GGGAUGAGCAAGCAGAGGCGGGGUGCUGCCCCGUUGGAAGAUCACCUCUCGGACUUCCCCACGUGGUGAGCUGACUGGGAUGGUGCCCCAGGAAGCCCCUGAGCUCGUCCAGUGCCUGUGCCCUACCCUCGCCAACCCGGAUACCAAGAAUGUGCCUCGGAGACGACACAAGAGGAGAAGCCGACAGCACCAGCGCUUCAUGGCCCGGAAGGCCCUGCUGCAGGAGCAAGGGCUGCUGAGCACGCCCCCAGAGCCAGGACCGUCCCCAUCGCCUGCCCCAGCCACGGCACUCCCAGGCACUGAAGCCACCAGCAGCGGGAGGCAGUGUCCAAGGGCUGAGCCUGGCAGCACCCCGUGCAGCAGAAGGCUCCCCACCAGGGAAGCCUUGGGGCCCUCGCCCAGCAAGUGCGUGGCUAUCGACUGCGAGAUGGUGGGCACAGGCCCCCGGGGGCGGGUGAGCGAGCUGGCUCGCUGCUCCGUGGUGAGCUACUACGGCGAUGUCCUCUACGACAAGUACAUCCGGCCCGAGAUGCCCAUCGUGGACUACCGCACCCGCUGGAGCGGCAUCACCCGGCAGCACAUGCGCAAGGCCAUCCCCUUCCAAGUGGCCCAGAAGGAGAUCCUUAAGCUCCUGAAGGGCAAGGUGGUGGUGGGGCACGCGCUGCACAACGACUUCCAGGCCCUCAAGUACGUGCACCCUCGAAGCCAGACCCGGGACACCACUUAUGUCCCAAACCUCCUCAGCCAGCCCAGCCUCCACACCCGGGCCCGGGUCUCUCUAAAGGAUCUGGCUCUGCAGCUGCUGCAUAAGAAGAUCCAGGUGGGCCGGCACGGCCACUCGUCGGUGGAAGAUGCCACGACAGCCAUGGAGCUCUAUCGGCUGGUGGAGGUCCAGUGGGAAGAGCAGGAGGCCAGCAGCCCCUGGACACGGGCCGAGGACCAUGAGCCCGACAGCAGCACAGACACAGAGCAGUACAUGGAGGACCAGUACUGGCCCGAGGACCUGGCUCAGGGCAGCCAGGGUGGAGCAGGGUCGGGGCAGGCGCAGGAUGGCAGGGAGUGAAGGAGGAGUGCAGCGAGUGGGAAGCGGGGAGCAGAGGGCCCCAGCGCUUCGUCUGGGCAGGGCCAGGCAGGGCAGGGUGCGGCUGGCCAGCCAGGUCAGAGGAGCUGGGACUAUCGUCCCUGGGAUGUCCUCUGCCUGUGGCACCACACUCUUUUUCUAGGGCCUUUCUUGGUUCUUUCCCCUGACUCCUGUGGUUUGCUAAUGGCACUUUAUGGGUACCGUGGGAAUGUCAUUGGCCUGUCCUCCAGGCCCCUACGGAGUAGGGGAUGUACCAAAGACAGACCAGGCUGCCGCCAGGCCGUCCCCUCCUCGGGAUCCUCCCCGGUCCCUGGGCUGCGCUAUCUGAAGGCUUUCGGUGCCUUCCUUGGGUGGAGAUCCACGUCGUGGGUCCUCCUUAUCUCAGCUCCGACCUAGGGUGAAGUCUGCUGUUGCCACCUACCUCUUACUUCAGAGUCACUUUCAGGUUCAGAAUAAAUAUGCCUCAAAGCUAGAGAGUUAAGGCCUCUGAGGGAGACGUUUCUUCUCCCUCUGCCCUGGAGUUCUGUGGUAGGCAUUUGAUGCUCCACAUGACCCGUCACCGCCCUGCUCAAAUACAGAAGGAAAGGCCUCCCUUGGGGGAGCUGGCCCUCACUCCCCGGAGGGGUGGAGAGGAAGGCAGAAAGGCUUUACCUAAAAACUGGCGUAUUUAUUUUGAUCCAAAUUAGGAACCCCCUGCCCACUCAGCAUUCAGCUGAGAAGGGGCUGGCAGGUGGCGCAGUGGUUAAGGGGUGACCAUGCCUGACCUUUAUCAGGAGGGGGCCACCAUCAAGAGGGCCGGGUCAGGGCGCUGGCAGCUGUGCAGUGUCCCUGACCUUGGCUGGUGCCCCCUCGGCUCUUGGGUUGACAGUCACUGUGGCUUUGGGGUUUUCUCCCCUUUUUUUGUUUUAAGGGGGGCACUGCUGUGAGCACGUCCCCCCCCCCAAUCAUCUGAGGCUCCAACUCUGCACACACUGGGAGUCACAGUGUUUGAUCACGGGUGCGGUGGCCUGUCCACUGGCUGAGUCACCGACCAUGCUAGACUGGCCCUGGGACCUUGCUCUGGGUUCUGAGACAGGCUGUGGCUGACGCCAGAUUCAGAACUGGGCCUGCCGUUCUGUGUUUGGGGUUGAAUGGGGAUGGAGCUGUUACAGGUGUACUGUUGUCCUGUUCCUGUCAGCU